CGUCGACCUGCCUUUGUUCUGCGCCGACUGCAUCUCCUGUCCUCGUCGGACCGAUUUGUUUUAGUCACCUCCGUUUGUCUCGUCAAUUCUUGCCCCUUUCUUGUUCGUCAUACGAAGAGGUCUUCUGCCAGUUACCAUCGUCUUAUCUGAAUUGCGGCGGGUUUCGGAGGGCAUACUCACGCACAAAGACUUUGGUCCUCGGUACUCCCCACGAUUCCACAAUGGCGGAUUCGCCAGUCGGCAGCGACUCCGCGAAUGACUCUGGUGACGACGGUCAGCUCACCAUCAGGAUACCUAAUCCGAAGGUCUAUAUGGCUCGUCAAUCGCAGUGGAAGGGGAGGAGAGGGAAGCCACGGUGCGACCAUUGUCGACUAAAUAACCUCAAGUGUGACCGUGUCCUCCCAACAUGCAACCAUUGCUCUUAUGCCGCCGGACGAGAAUGCAAGUACACCCCGCUACCUACUCCGGCUCACCGCGGUAUCCCAAGGUGCGACAGAUGCCGACUGAGAAAUCUGAAAUGCGACCGAAAUCUCCCGGUCUGCAAUCAUUGUACAGAAGACAAUGAGACGGAUUGCAACUACACACCGAAGAAAAGGCACAAAGUCCCGUCGGAUCACGGCAUACAAAACAACCGUCCCGUGGCGCCGUACGCUUCUAAGACUGCGUCCUUCCUGGUGAAUGAACACGGCCAGGAAGAAGAGCAGUCUCCGCCGGCUGGCUCUCCGGGUGAACCAUCAUCUGCUGGUCCCGUAUACGAGGGUGAGAUUCGCACUGAACCUCAGAUUCGACAAUAUGUACCACCACAUCCCCCGCCACCAGGAGGCGCUCCCAUUGACGAGGAUACGCCAAUGGACCAGGAUCCAGACGGGUCGUUUCAGCAAGCAGGACCGGACGGCUCCUUCACAUGGGGCAUGAUAGUUACAACACCACAUAUCGACCCAUGGACACACCCGUCCUUUGUUCCGCUACCGGAAACCGUUAUUCGUGGCCUCCGCGCAGUGAACGCUAUCGAAAUGCCUUCACGACAUCAGUACGACGAGGCGUUAACCAAAUUCCUGCAAGGGCUUACGCCUGAGUUGCGCGACACUGCGACGUUUUCCGCCGACACGUACGCCGACAUUGCAUGUGCUGUGCAAGAGAACCGCAUAUCGUCACUCGCCUCACGGCUACAGUUCUGGGUGACGUGCCACCAUGCACGCUCUGGGUCCACCAAGCGCCAUCUGAUUCUGCUGCCCCGCGAUGCGUUCUAUCACAUGAACCGAGAGGACGAAGAGAAGCUCCGCCUGAACUAUAUCAUGCAGGCAGAUGGGGAAGAGAACAGCGAGAGCGCGAAGAAGCUCGCGGAGAACGGGCUCAGUCUUCUGCAGUCGGCCGCAGUCUUCGAGCGCGUCCCCGUGCAAAGCCAGAUAUAUGACGUGCUCGUGUACAUACACAGAAAUCAUGGCUCCUCAUCGACAAUGCUCUUUGAGGCGCGCCGGAUUGGGGUGGCGACGAUCACCUGGCCGAUGGUGGAGAUGUUCAUACGUAUCUGUCCUUUAUGCAAGUUGCGGGCUAAAGGCGGCAGUGGGCGCCCUUCCACGGAAGAUGAGUCCGUCUCGUAUCGUCCACCGCCACCACCUGCGGGUCUGCCUGUCAUCAAGCGGUAGCGUAUUAUCCACUGCUAGGCUAUGUCUGGUAAUUCAGUGUCAUAUUCGGGUGCAAAUGCUUUGUUCUGUCCAUGUUUGUCUAGUCACGUUGCAUUGCAUCAUCGCUUACAUCUAGGACUGCGAGGUGGCGGUGGUCGGCGCAAGCUGGCCAGCCGUCGUAUAGGGUUUACUGCGCUAUGUUAGGCCUGGUGUACUAUGUAAUACUAUCCCCAUCCCCUUCGCUGUUUCUCGUAAAUGCUGUGCCGAUAGUAUAACCAAGCUCGACAUCCGAUGUCCGGUGUUGGAUUUACAGUAUAAUCUAUGCGCGUAUGCGUGCAAAUUAUGUAAAGGGGGUAUCAAGUGACAUGAGCGACUACGAGUGGCUUAUGGAAGUCGCUGUACGAGAAUUGUGGUAUCGUCCAUCCAUCGUUCCUCCAUUUCCACUGUCAUAUUUCGAGAUACCAGUUGCGUAUCUGAUCCGCCUAUAGCUUCUCUUAGGAGAGAUACAGCCAGGUUUUUGCUCGGGCGACUCGGGUUCGGGCCGGAACUCGAGUCCAGCUCUCGUCCGAUGACCUGGACCCAUUCAUCGGCCAUCUCCUGUGGGGUAUAUCCGUCAUACAAAUCAGUAAGACCGUCCGAACAGAGUAUGAGUGCGCGCUGGGAUGGAGCGCUAGGUUUCUGUGCUAUGGCGCUGAAGUCGUAGUGGUAUACGUCGGGAGUAUUCGAUAGAUAUGGGGGUGUACGGAUCCUCGGAACGUGCGGUUGCAUCGACUCUGGCGAGAACCAAUCCGCGUCCAUGUAUUUGAACACGAGUUCAGCAUAGACAGCUGGAAGCUUCAACCACACGUCACCCAAAGAUCUCGUAGGCGCCAGGAAUCCCAGAACUCUGUUGUUCCAGACGCAGUCGGGUUCUCCUGGGUGCUCCGCGCGGAUGCGUGCCAAUUCGCCGGGGUUGCUCCCGUUGUGAAUAGAGUUGACGACACUUCCGCGCCACUUUCCGGAUCGAUCCUUCUCCGCUAGGACCGCGACGCAGUCGCCUACAUUGGCUACCCACAGGUGGCUUCUUGUCGGAUCGACGAGCGUUACCAGUGCCGUGGACCCUCCAAAGGCUCGUGCGGUCUUGUGAUAACUCGAGCUCGCCGUGGUCUUGUCAUUCACCAGAUUCCUGACAUGCGUAGGGUUCAAUCUCGAGACUGCAUCUAGCUCUCUAGGAAAGAGCGCAAGAAAGUCGGAGGUCAUCGUCUGGUCUACAUACUCCAGGGUCUGUCUCAGAAGGUUUGAGACAAGUGCGGAGAGUGCAGAUGGUGAUGGGCGGGAUCGCAGCGAGGCGUCGAGUAGGCCUCGUAGAUGAGGGCCAAAGGCAGUGGAGACGUAGUCCACGCAGUCAUGGUCCAUAUGACCGUCAUAAACGGCGGCGUAAGUCCAAGUACCGCCGGACAAAGGCCACUCCUCGACCCUGUAGCGGUCCUGGGUGCGGUAAUGCCAUGUCUUGCAAGGCUGAAAGGAGACGCUGUCAACGGUGCCCGCCGGUGACGUCCUAGGCUCCGCUAACUUUGUGAGCUCUUCGGACAAGGCGGGCUCUUGAAGCAUUCGGUAUGCCCAGCGCUCGUCUCCGCCACGGUCCAUGUCGGUCAGCGCAAAAUCCCUAACCUCAUCGAGCGCGCGCUGUUGGUCAGUGUUCGUUG